AUGACGCUGACCAUCGUGGCACCUUCUCCGUCACUCGUGAGGAACCCGCGGUGCUGGAGUGAGAGCUGGGAGGAGCUUCGAGAAACGGCCGUCAAGAGUAGGGAUCAGAUUGUGCUUACAUGUGAUUCGGCAUCCCCGCUAAACUCGGAUAACUUCCAAGCGCGUUUGGUUUGUUACGUGCGCACCUUGCCACGCCUGAAUGAUGUCAAGAGCGCCUUGAGACGUUUAAAUACACUACACGAGCAGGGCCAUUCCUAUGUUCGACGCGCGGAUGACCCUGUCUCGCCAAACAGACAAUAUGACGGUGAGACACAAGGACACCGUGUGCCAAGACCCACCAUAUGGAAGGUUGAGAACUCUGUUGAGGGCGGAAUAACAGUCAUUGAUGCUCUUUCUGGUGCGAAGCUUAUGUGCAUUUUGGAGCCAAAACAAGGUGUUAUGGUGGCCUCAAUGUUGCAUGCCCCAUUUCGUGGGUUUAUCAACAGGCGACUUGAAGUAAUUCCGAUUGAGAAUCCGCAAGAUAUUCUUUUAGUGCGGGAGUCCUCAUUGAUUAAUACCGAUUAUGUGUGGGUGGGAUUUAUGGAUGGUUCCAUUCGUUUAUUUCCAGCUGAUUCUCGAUGGGUGCGGGAACAGGAUCGAUCGGUGCUGCUGGCGAGAGGUCAAUUGGCCGACCUGGUGUACGAGUUACCAAGACAACAUAAGGGGGCUGUCAUUGCCAUAACGCGUAGUCCCUGCCACGAUGAUAGUGGGACAACCGAUUUAGUCACUGCAAAUCGUUUGAGUAGCUCUAUUUUUGAGCUUACCGCCGCGACGUCGCGUGGGUGCCGAGAAGAUCGUGAGCAUCUCUCCCUUGUAUGCACAGCGUCGGAGGAUUCCUGCGUGGUGGUGUGGGAUGUACGAAAAAUUUAUCGUCGUUUGGAGGCGAUGCGGGCGUUAUCACAGAAUACAAGGAUGGGAGGUUUUGGUGUUGAGCCGUCAUUGGUAUCGUUGGGGGGCGAUGUAGUGACGUUUAAUGUCCAGCCCACGACGGAUCAGCACGGCUACACCGUGCGCUCAACCUACGCGCUAGUGAAGGUGCGGCCACUACUCCGACUGAAGGGCGGUGUCGGUGGGCUACGGACACUCAACUGGGUCUCCUCCGCAGUGACAACUGUGGGAUAUCAAAAAGGCCGUGACGUGGUGGCCAUGACACGCGACCCAAAGGAAGAUACAGCCUCGGAGCUCAUCAAGAAUCGCCGCGCUAUUCAGCAAACAACUCGCUGGGAGAAGCGCGAGGAGCAUCGCGUGAUGCUUCGACUAUCAGAGGAGAAUAUGCGAGAGGUGGAGAAGGAACUAGAGCAACUGAUGCCGCCCCUUGCACCUGAGCCCAAUCAGCGCAGGCGUGUCAACCUCAUCAUUGCUGGUGAUGUUCAUGGGACCGUCCACUUCUGGAAUUUGGACGAAGAACUUGAGAGGGAAACGAGCGAGAUUCAUUCCAUGUGCUCUACCUCUCGCACGGCUUCCGCUUCACGUGAUUCCCGCGCCGGGCAGAGUCCCUUGCGCAGCCUUGACCUUUCUUUGAAUUCAAGCAGGAGGCACCCGGCGGAGCCCGCUGUAACGUCGGCGCGCGGCUCCGUAGAGAGAAUAAAUGACGGAGGGAAGUUGACAUCCCGGCGCCGAGAAUUUUCUCCUCGUGUUCAUACGGAGCGUGACACUAAAGGAAAAAGGCCGAAUAAAGACGCAGGAAGCGAAGCGGCCGGCAAGGAACAACAGUCAUCAUCCGUCCCCUCACCACGUACCCCAGGUGACGUAAAGAAGCAUGUAAAGGCCCGAAACACGGCCGCGGAUAAGGGGGUGAAAACUCCGACUAGACGCGUCAGUAAACCUCCGUCUUUAAAUAAGCCCGGCGUGCAGUUAGGGAAACAAUCAAAUAUAACUACCCUACGGGCCCCUCAUUUGUCCCCGAUGUCUUCUGUUACAGCUGACAGGGCCAAAAAAGGCAAUAAUUUGGCCGCACCGGUUAGAAUGGGGGGCCGUGGCUUAAGUUCUGCAAAAGGAGUAAGACAAGGCAAUAAUUGUUUUCGCACCUCACCACAGGCGAAGAAUUCUCUCUGUCAAUCUGUGAGGUCGCCACGCAGCAAUUUGACUCCACUUGCCACGGGUCGAAGAACACCGCGGACAACUGAGAAGCAGCUCCUCCGAAGAACCUCCAAAUUUCCGCGACAGAGACCUUCCAGGGGCUUGGAGGGCGUUUCUGACGUCAAGAAAACGAGGACUGGUGAUAGUGGGUACUUUUCGACCGCUUGCAUGAACAAAUCGUUAAAUAUGCAUCCAUGUGAGAGUAGUGCAAACAGGAGCCCUUUUAGGGUUCCACGGGGUAUGCCUGAAAUAGAAACCAACUGGACAGUGCAGUGGAACUCUCCCAGAAUCUCUAACUCGGGUUCAUCCCCCUCAUCUGGCCGUCGUAGUCCAACCCGACACCCUUCACCAUACGACGCCACACAUUCCGCUCGUGCAGAUAAGGAAGCGGAGUUUAAAGAGUGGAUAGGAGGUCACCGAUAUAUCAACGACAUGUACAGUCGUAAUGCAAAAUUUCACAUUUCUCUUAUAGAUGGGGUUACUGUAACAGGCAUUGCCGUGGAUCUUCCUCCUAUCAUUACCGUGACGAUGCGCCGUUUGCCGGACCCACCGGAACCUCAUUAUUCUCUCCUGGAACAGCCUACCAAGGAGGAAAUUCGACGCCGGGAGUUAGCCAACAGCUUUUAUUCUUUAACCGAGGAGCGUGCCCUCUUUUGUGUGUUUGAGCGGAUUCAAUUCUACGUCUCUGUUGAGAGAACACUUAUGAAUAUGCAGUGUUCGCCCAAAGCACGCGUAGAUGUGUUAGAGCAACGAGUUGGCCCCGGCCGAUUGGAAGAGGAGGGUGUAAUUGUGGGAAGGACUCCGUUUAAUUUUGACAUAGUCUUUCGAAGACAUGUUCUAGAGAUGCAUUCACAACCCAUUGUGCGCUUAUUUAUCGAUCACCCGAGACGUCAACUCUGGGUGGCACGGAACCAUGGACUUCUUUCCGUGUUUUCAACCGAGACAAAAUCUAUCAUUACACGUGUCAAAGGCCCUUCCGCGGAUGAGGCAAUUGGGCCCCCGAAUGCGGCGGAAUGGAAACGCACACAGCGCGAAAUGGCACUGUUUGGGCGUCGGCCGAUUUAUUUGGACUCGCAUAAAUCGUUUAGAAAGCAUCGACCCGGAUACUUUACGGGGUUCCGGCCCAUUUCCCUUCUGCAGCAGUUCGAACUUAUGCGAACGUCUUUGGUGCAUGAGCUGGACUCUGAGCGCGAACUGUCUACGCCUGCUUCAGAGACAGUUCGGGUGCACCUCACAAUUAUUGAAGGCAAGGACGCGCUCGAUAAACAUGCAAAGAACCGUGAGAUUGGCCUGAGCGUUUUGUUAGAAAAGUUGAGGGCUUGUCGUCAGCACGCGUUGACAGUGCGUCAGGCGCAAAGGGAUCAUUACAACGCCCUCUUCAAUGGGGCUUCCUUUCGGAUAGGGUCUCUGAUUGGACGGUGUGCGACAUUUGGUGUCUUGCACGCCGCACGUAAAAUCUUUUGGUCCUGGGCACAUCACCGGGAAUACUUCCCUCGUCAGUACGUUCUGCGACAAUUGCGGCAGCGGGGGAUGAAGCAACUUUCAAAGGUGACAAAUGCGGUGUCGUUGAAUUUUGAAAUGAGACUCAGGGGUGAGUACUUCACAAAGUGGCGUGUGUCGGUGCAAAAGCGCCGAACUUGUCGUCUGGAAACCUGGUUUGCAAGGUGUUUGCAGGCGCAGGUAAGAACUUCUCUCAGAGAAAGGUUUGCCAACUUUAUGGGUGAUCGCAACCGGCGUCAGCGAUAUUGGUUCAUGUGGAGGUCUUUGUUGGCUCCGACAGCACGUCCCCCAUCGCUCCCCGCCCUUUGCCGGAGCGUGAGCCCUUUAAAUAGCACGGGUGUCACAAAAAUUUUCUCACCAUCUUCUGUGCAAUCCAUGCGGAGGAGUUCCACUUCUCGCCCGAGAGUUCCAGAGAGUAACGGGGUUUUCCUGGACAUGUAUGCCAUUAUCCGUCAGAUUUAUGGUCUUCGUCAGGAGCUGAUUUCUUUUAGAGGGGACGUUGGAUCGGACAGCGUCUUGGAUUUGGAGGACCCGUGGUUUGACGCCAUUGAGGCUGCCUCAGAAGAGGCGGAGGCGCAAACGGCAUACGCACUGAAGCUUGCUGUUUUUAAAUUUGCGUUGGUCCCUUUUUUGGAGAGUCUCCUGUCAACCGCUGAGGGGGUUCUGCCGUACAUCCGUGAGUCUCCCGUCACCGAGGAGGUGCGAUCGAUGCUUCGGGGCUGUUUGCUCUGCGUGGAUUACCUGUAUGCGGAUGCGGAGGAUCUUACGUCAACGGCCGCAACGAGACGGAGCGGCAGAGCCUCUACGGGUUCCCACCUUUCUAAAAAUGGACGGGCAAGUCUUUUGCUUGACAUAACGACACGACGGGAGCAGGAGAUGCGGCAACUCUUCGAUGAUGCCAUGGAACAACGUGAGUUCCAGAACUCGAUCGAGUCCAUAGCCGCACAGCGUGACACCAUUGCAGAGUUUUUGCGUGUCUGCUCUGGACAAUAA